UUUUACACCAUUUUCAGGCUACCUAUGUCUUUUGGGAUUUUUUGGUUCUAGUCUUAUGGAUAUGGUGAAUGAGGGAAAAUUAGAUGAAUCUCUAGUUGACUCAUUCAAUUUGCCAUUGUAUUAUCCCUCUCCUCAAGACAUGACUAAAGUAGUGGACAAAAAUGGACUUUUUAGCAUUGAGAGAAUGGAGUUGAUAAAUAUCAAAUCAAAUCUUGUGGAUGAGGCUGACGCAAAGACUUUAAUGAUGAGUCUAAGAAGUUCUAUCGAAGGAGUUAUAAUCAAUCAUUUUGGAAGUAAAAUAGCAGAAGAAGCUUGUACAAGAACAAUUCUCAAGAGUGAAGAGAUUUUAGAAUGGAUGAAAGUUCAUUAUGAGAAACCAAUCAUAUUGUUUGUCGCUUUGAAGCUGAAAUGAAUUUCUCUGAAGAAAUUUAUCUAUUAUAUAAUUUAGGUCUGUGGAGAGAUAAUGUGGCAUAUCUCGCAGGCCUAGUACUUUG